UUUCAAAGCCUUGUCUCUGUCCCGGUACCGUGUACACAGCUCCAUGAUCAAGCUUUGUAGAAUCCAACUACCCAAAGCCACCAGAAUUUCAGACCUUCUCAACCGAAGCUGCUUGACUACGAAAACUGCUGGAAAUUUGGAUGUACAAUCUCCUCCAAGUAUCCCGGACCCGGAAACACUAGCAACCCAGUUGUCCAAUUGCACUAGUUUAUCCGAACUGAACCAAAUCCAUGCCCACAUUAGCAGAACCCAAUUCCUACGUCUCCACCCAGCCCCAUUUCACUGGAACAAUAUCAUAAGGUCAUACACCAGACGCGAUGCUCCUACCAAGUCGCUCUUUGUUUACGUUUCCAUGUCACGCGCCGGUGUUUUACCCGACUGCUACACCAUCCCCAUUGUUUUGAAAACACUGUGUCAGCUUUUUGCUGUGGGGAUCGGCAGGCAGCUUCAUUCUGUGGCUGUGAGGAUUGGGCUCGACUCAAAUGAGUUCUGUGAGAGUGGGUUUAUUAACUUGUAUUCCAAGGCGGGAGAGUUUGAGAAUGCACGGAACGUGUUCGAUCAAAACCCUGAGAGAAAGCUGGGUUCUUGGAAUGCCCUCAUUGCGGGGCUCUCGCAAGGCGGGCGUGCUAGGGAAGCUGUAGAGAUGUUUAUAGAGCUUAGGAAAUGCGGGUUACUGCCGGAUGAUGUGACCAUGGUUAGUGUCACGUCAGCUUGUGGUGGUCUGGGUGACUUGGGGUUGGCUCUUCAGUUGCAUAAGUGUGUUUAUCAAGCUGAAAUCGUUGCGGAGAAAUCGGAUGUGCUGAUGUUGAAUUCGCUUGUUGAUAUGUAUGGGAAAUGUGGGAGGAUGGACUUGGCUCACAGGGUGUUUUCGAGGAUGGAGCAACAGAAUGUGUCGUCGUGGACGUCGAUGAUUGUGGGGUAUGGGAUGCACGGGCAUGUGGAUGAGGCGCUGGAAUGCUUUCGGUGCAUGAGGGAGGCGGGAGUGAGGCCGAACCAUGUGACCUUUGUUGGGGUGCUCAGUGCAUGUGUUCAUGGGGGGACAGUCCAAGAGGGAAGAUAUUACUUUGAAAUGAUGAACAAGGAUUAUGGGAUAAACCCUCGCUUGCAGCAUUAUGGAUGCAUGGUGGAUCUUCUUGGCAGAGCGGGGUUGCUUGAGGAGGCGAGGAAAAUGGUGGAAGACAUGCCGAUGAAAGCAAAUUCGGCAGUCUGGGGCUGCCUGAUGGGAGCCUGUGAGAAAUAUGGGAAUGUGAAGAUGGGGGAGUGGGUGGCUAAGCAUUUGCAAGAACUAGAGCCAUGGAAUGAUGGGGCUUUUGUGGUUUUAUCUAAUAUCUAUGCCAGUAGAGGUUUAUGGAAAGAGGUUGAGAGGGUAAGACGGAUUAGGCACCAGAGAAAGCUUGCUAAGGUUCCUGGUUAUAGCUUGGCAGGAAGUGCAGAUUGAGAUUCCAGCAUCAUGCCAGCAUAUAAUGUCUGGUAUUUGAAAAGAAUGAUCUAAUAAAAUUGAAAUUUUUGU